AUGUCUCGUACGCCUUCGGACACGCUUCCGAUGGAGGGCCUGACAUAUUCUCAUGGCUUUCCUCAGGAGCUAACAAUGUCAAUGGGAGCCGCCAUCUGUGAGGUUCAGUACAAGUCCGCGGCGGUGUUUCGUUGCACCGACACAGAUUCCCCGGAGCCUAUCCUGACAAGUCCAAGCAAAUGCGACUUGGAUUGCUCUACGCCAGCACCUACACUCGUCUGGGAGACGGAGCUGGACGAGACCGACAGCCGAGGCAGUCCAAAUUACAGCCUCGGGGGCAGUCCUGACAGCCUUCACGACAGCUUCUCUCGCAUGGCGGGAACCCUCACGGCGACCAUGGGCAGCUACCUGAGCAACCUUGCUAACGUCAUUGCAAGCUGCGCCCUCUCCGCCACCACCAGGCCCUGCAGCAGCGAGGUGCUGCUGCCGCCCGUGCCGCUGCCCUCCGCUGGUUUCCACGAAUCUUCAUCACACUGGUCUUGGGGCUUCUCGGUUUUGUGUAUUGACGUUCUGGCAGGCGUAAGGUGGUACGCGGACGUGGAGAUUUUGUUUCCGCUUUUAGCUGGUUUUCUUCGGCAGGAGCGCUGGGUUUGGUCGACUUGGUCCGGUUUGGAUGGGAUGGGGCGGCGCUUCUGCUCAGCGUCUCGUAAGGUCGCUUUGUGCGGCCAUCUGCGCAAGAUUACCUGCAACCCAACCGGGGGCUCGGGCGCGACCGUGCAGAUACGUAGUGUGAGAGUCAAGGGCCCCAGCUGCGGCUGCAGCUGCAGAGACGCCGGCGGCGGCGGCGGUCGCGGCCACCUAUCGUCCUGCAGCGCCGUCGUCGAGGGUAAUUCCUCUGACGACGGCACGACAGCCGACAAUAGACCUAGCGUGCCCGCCGCUGCCGCCGCCGUCGGGGCCACGGGUAACACCACCGGUGACGACGACGGUGGUAGCGCUGCUGAGGUAGCGAGUCAUACCGAUGUGUCCACUGGGCUAUCGGCGUUACAGCGGCAAGUGGACUCGUUAGCGGCUGCCGUGGUGUUCGGGAAAGCCGGCAAGGCCGCGGCCAAGGCGGCCUUGGAACGUGACCAGGCGCGGCUAUCACGUUUGAUGGCGGGCACUGCCGCCGCGUCGCAUCCGAAUGUGCAGGGGCCGCCGCCGAAGCGAGCAAAGCCUAGCCUGUCAGCGGCUGCAACGAGCCUGGGUGCGGGCCUGGAGGCAGCGGCAGAAGCUAAAGCGGCCUCGCAGCAUGAGCGGACGCGGCCAUCACGGGCGGUGACAGGUAUUGCAGGCACGUCGCGGCCGGCUCUGCAGGUGCCGGGGCCCCCGCCGAAGCAGGCCAGCCUGAGCCUGUCGGCGGCCGCAACGAGCAGCUUGGGUGUGGGCCUGACGGUGUCCGCAGCGGCGGUGAUGCAGCCGCCGCCUAAGGCGGCCAAAACGACGGUGCCGCCGUGCGACCCAGCGCGGGGCUGCAAGGCACGACUGCAGGAAGCGGCGGCAGCCACUGCUGCGGCACUUAAGCGGGCCCGCUCCGGAUCUUCAUUGGCAGAGGAAGGCAGCAACGGUGGGGGAAGCAGCCCGGAGCCUGGGCAGCUGGCAGCAGCAGCAGCAGCGGGAGUGACGGCUGCGGCGGCGGCGGCGGCGGCUGCAGGUCCUGGAACCGCUGCAACAAUGGACCCGCCGUGGUGCGGCUUUGAGGUCACCCUACCCGCGAUCAACUGGCAGGCCGUAUUUGACGAGCCUCCAGGGGCGCUGCAGCGCUUCAGCCUGGCGAAGGGCUACGAGAAGCUGCUACUGCCGCAGGGUGUGGUGACGUACGUGGUGGAGAACGAGCGCCACUUCGGGGAGGCCCUGCGCAACCUGAAGGCGGGGAUGCAGGACCGGCUAAUCGCGAUCGAUCUGGAAUGGCGUCCUGAAACCGUGUCGGGCCGCGUGUCUCCCGUGGCCCUUCUGCAGCUGUCCUCCGCGUCUGUGUGUGUGGUGGUUCGUACCUGCUGUAUGGGCUACGACCUGCCGCCCGCGCUGAGGUCCUUUUUAAAGGACCCUGCGCACGUGCUGCUGGGCUUUGGGUGGGACUCAGCGGAUGAGUUAAAGAUGCAAGGCACCUUUGGGAUAGGGCGUGCGGACUUUCGUCGCUUCUUAGACUUGCAGGAGGUGGCGGCCAGUCUGGGUUACCACGGCUUCGGCCUGUCCCGCCUGUCUCAGCUGGUGCUGGGUCUCCCUCUGCACAAGUCCAAGGCCAUCAGCAGAUCCAACUGGGCGGCACCACAGCUCACGAGCCACCAGCUCAAGUACGCCAGCCUCGACGUCCUAGUGGCGGGGCAGCUGUUCCGGGCUCUGCGGCUGUGGCACUCCUCCCCCAGUCCCUGCGCGGACUGCCGCAGCCACAUCGGGGAGCUGCAGCUGCCGGGACUCAUGCGCUGCGGCAACCCCACCUGCACCGCCCGCCCCGCCACUAACCUGCAACACCAUCGCGACCACUGCGCCGCCACGGGCCACCCCGCGCGGUUCGCGGCGUGCAGCACGUGCGGGCGGGUGUACGAGCUGGGGGGUCCGAGCUAG